UUUUUAAAUUAAAGUAUGAAAGUUGUUUUGUUUAGGAAUUUGCUGUACACUUCGAGACGUAAUUAGUGGAAAAUAGCACAUUGUGUUAGUAGAUCAUUGCUUCUGCUACCAGCUGUAUACGAGAGAUUCGUUUAUCGGUACGAUCCUGACUCAUUAAAAAUUGUAAUUUAUUUUUAUGCUGCGAGUAGAAGAUAAAUAAAAGUUGAAACACUGUGUUACACCACAACAUAUCGUGUUAGCGUUCAGAGACGAAAGACUAGUAUUUGUUUUUUUUUUAAAAAUGGGAAUUUUUGAAAAUAGUACCGUCACACUCGAACAAGACGAUUUCGGAACAUUCAAAGAUCCACAAACAGGAGUUUCCCAGACAAUUCGAAGAUUUACUUGGAAAAAUGGAAACGGUGUUAGUGUGCAGGUGAUAAAUUACGGGGCUACUGUAAUUGCAAUUAAUUUGCCGGAUAAAAAUGGGAAAGUCGAUGAUAUCACUUUGGGAUAUGAUAGUCUGGAUGGGUACCUUCAAUCCAACAAUCCAUACUUUGGAGCUACUAUAGGAAGAGUGGCAAAUCGCAUUGCUAACAGUACCUUUACGCUAAACGGUAAAGUUUAUCAGCUAGCUGCCAAUGAUGGGCCAAACAGUUUGCAUGGGGGUUUAAGGGGUUUUGAUAAGGUUGUUUGGGAUUAUUAUGUCAAAGGCACUAAGGUUGUAUUUAGUUACACUUCAUCAGACGGUGAAGAAGGUUAUCCAGGAAGUCUUGUGAGCAAUGUUACUUUCCAACUUUCUGAUGAAAACGAGAUAGUUAUCGAUUAUAGAUCAUCCACUACCAAACCUACUCUGGUCAAUCUUACCAAUCAUUCGUACUUUAAUUUGGCUGGUAAUGGAUCUGGUGUUGAUGGUUUACUGGAGCAUGUUGUUGCCAUAAAUGCUGAUAGGUACACUGAAACAGACGAUGCUGGAAUACCCACAGGCAAACUUAUACCAGUGGCAAACACCGUGUUUGAUCUACUAACACCUACAAAAUUGAAGGAUGUAAUAAAUAGUGUUCCCAGCACGCAAGGUUUUGAUAAUAAUUUCUGCAUCUACAAAGGCACUCGUCAAGGUUUAGGUUUUGUUUCGAGAGUAGAACAUCCCCAAAGUGGAAGAGUUCUUGAAGUCUACAGUGAUCAACCUGGUGUACAAUUUUACACUGGAAAUAGCAUACCCGAACAGACGGGCAAAAGUGGGAAUAAAUAUGGAAAACAUUCUGCGUUCUGUUUGGAAACCCAAAUUUGGCCUGAUGCCAUUCAUCAUGAUAAUUUUCCAAAUGUUGUUCUUAACCCUGGUCAACAAUAUCGUCACAUCUGCAUUUAUAAAUUCUUAGUAAAAGCGUAAU